AUGAAGGACACGUUCCAUGUAGGCCCCUCUUUGGCUGUCAAGUUUGUGGCAGGGGAUCAAUUGCUUUGUGCCGUGGGCCCCUUUUUGCACAUCUACAAUGUUACAAAGAAUAGAUUGAUCCAUAAGGUACGUAUCUUUAAGAGGAACAAGGUACAUGGGAUUGCGGUUAGCGAGGACAAACUGGCUAUAUAUGGUGGUAAAUCUGUUUCUCUCGUUUCAUGGGAGCAACUUACAGGGGCCAACGACGUUAGCAACUUGGAACAUUUGUCGCCGGAAUGGAUUGUUUCUACUGAAUUUGACGUUACGGGCCAGAAUGUAUUCCUGUUGACUUGCUACAAUAUGGUCCUUGUGGUGGAUUUUGCUUCAGGUGACGUUUUACAGAGGAACUCAUUACCCAAUGAGAGAUCGAUUCUGUACUCUGGUUCCAUAAAAGUGUUGGAUAGGGACCAUGUCCUGGUUAACGCCGGGACUGUGAUGGGGGGUAUCAUCGUUUGGGAUCUACAUACUGGCACUCAGUUGUGGAACCUGCUAGGACAUGAAGGUUCUAUCUUUUACGUCACGGUUAGUGACAAUGGGAAAUACGUGGCAAGUUGUUCGGACGACCGUUCUAUUCGUUUGUGGGACACGUUCACCGGCAAAGAAUUGUCCCUCGCAUGGGGACACACGGCAAGGAUCUGGAAUCUGAAAUUUUUUGAUAACGAUACCAAGCUGAUUAGUGUGUCCGAGGACUGUACUUGCCGUAUCUGGAGUGUUGAACACACAGCUGAGGGAAUCGAGCUGAUCGCUGCCGAUACUUUUGAAGUUCACUUGACUAAGAAUGUAUGGGGGGUUGAUGUUAAUGAGGAAAAAAUGAUCGCAGCUACUUCUGGGAAUGACGGUAGGAUUAAGCUUAUUGAUUUGAAACAGACGACAAGGAUGGCUGACGAGAUGGAGCAGUUUGAUAUAAAAGCAAUUGAGAUCCAUUGUAAUGUUCGUUUCGCAGCUGGAGAGAUAAUCAAAGGGUUCCAUUGCUUUGAAUUUGGAAUAGUGGCAUUAACUUCUGGUGGGCAUGUAUUGAGGUACACUUUUGCGGACAAAUCUUGGGUUUUGUUGUUUACGGACCAGAGGUUUUUAUCGUACUCGAUUACCAAUGGUGUUACUGUCGCAAGUCAUAACGUUGUAAUCUUCUCGAAUAACAACUGCGACUUGUUACUGGUGAAAUUUACCGACAGGGGAAAAAUCGUCGAUCAGGGGAAAGCUCUGAAGGUCACAGGACUAGCGAAGACCACAAAUGUUAUGUGCACAACUGGUGAUAAGGCUGAAGUCAUAUAUGUAACAGUUGAGUCGCCGAAUCCGAGGGACAACUUUGUUAUACUGGCUAUCGACUCGUCCACUUUGGAAGUGAUUGACAGAUUCAAUUAUGGAAAACCGGAUAGCUUCGUAUCAUCUUGUGUGACUGUGCUCGACCACUACAUUCUUGUCGGAUCUCGAUUCAGCACCGUCGCCAUCUUUGAUCUCUUCAACUGUGCUAAGAACGGGGUUUACAGAAUUGACGAUCUCAAUAUAGGUGACACGACGACGUCCAUCGAACACGUUGAAACGAAGCAGUGCAGACACUUGUUUUCCGUGACGAACAGGGACGGAUACUACAGCUUCUUGGCAAUCAAGUUUGAUAACGGGAUCUCUCACGAGGUGAUCCAUUCGAACAAGACGGUGAAGGGGUUUUUAGAACGUGCGUUUUACAACGACGAAGGUGACUAUGUCACGUACGGUUUCAAGUCCCGUUUAUUCUACAUGUACAAUGAGAGUAAAUGCUACGAAAUAAUGCACCAUAUGUGUGGUGGUGCACAUAGACAAUGGGGACUAUACCCUGUAGGGGUCAAGGAGUAUAUUCUGGUCUACAUCAAGGCAUCUCAGUUGCAUGUGCUGAGGAUACACAAACCGCGAGUUCCCGAAUUUUUGACUGCUGGGUUACACGGCCGUGAAAUUCGGGAUCUGAGCAUAUGCCCUCGAGCAAGAGCAACGAACGAGAACGAGUACCUGUUUGUGACAGGUUCUGAGGAUACCAGUAUCAAAUUAAAUACUGUCGAUAAGUUGACAGGAGAAGUUACGACGUUUUGGACGGAAAGGAGACAUAUUUCGGGCCUCCAAAGGACCCGAUUCAUCAGCGACGACCUGCUGAUAUCUUGCAGCGCCCUUGAGGAGCUGUUUCUGUGGCGAGUCGACGAUACGUUUGCUAGGGGCCCGUACAUCCACAUGCUGCAGAGUCUCCCCGUAGCGACUUUGAACCCGGACCUUCGGAUCAUGGAUUUCGACGUGAAGUUCACUGCUAGUGGGUCCUUUAUCCUCGCGACGGUUUACUCCGAUUCGAGCAUCAAAAUGUGGCACUAUGAUAACGAGAGCAACAACUUCAACGUAUGCGUAGAGACAAGGUACAAGACGUGCUGUAUUUUGAAUACCCGGUUGAUACAGUUCAGGGACCAUCUGUUCUUGCUCAUUACCGCCACUGAUGGGCACGCGGUCAUAUAUCGUGUCGAGCAGGACAACGACGAUGCGCUACCGAACGGAUUAGCUCCUGUAGUGUCACAAAGGAUCCACCAGUCCGGGGUCAAAGCUGUUGAUGUGAAGGUGACAGAGUCUACGUUGACGCUGUACACUGGCGGCGACGACAACGGUGUCUGCGUCAGUGUGUUUCAAAGUGUUCCCGCACCAGCUGCUGGGGGGUUCCCAGGGUUUGAACUAUCCAGGAGCGAGUUUGCGCAUAGCAUAGCCUCUGCAACAGUCACCUCUUGCCAACUGUUCGACAAGGGCUCGAAACUUCUCACCACGUCCAUCGACCAGAUCGUGCGCGUCUGGGACGCAUCCGACGACGAGCUGCCACUGAAACUGAUAGAGUCCCAAUACACCACAAUCGCUGACACGGGAUGUUGCGAUGUGGUACAGGGCGACAGCAUAGUACUGAUAGGUGGUGUGGGACUGUCCACUUGGAAUAUGUAA